CCUUCGGUUGGCUCUCCUGUUCGAGCAUUGACUUUCUGCUUUCUCCGGGCCUCAGUCGCUCGCCGACAAUCGAACAAAUUAUGUGGUCGCUACUAGUUGCUCUAGUUUUGCUCACCCUCUCCCAGUCCGAGGUGGGAGUGGAUGGCUCUCUGAAGGUGCUAGGCCUAUUUCCCCAUCCGGGAAUUAGUCACUUCCAUUUCUUUCAUCCGAUUAUGGAGGGGCUAGCCGAGGCGGGACAUGAGGUGAGCGUGGUUUCUCACUUUCCGAACAAAAAUCCGGUGGCCCGCUACAAAGAUUUUCCACUAUCUGGAGUGGAUAAACUUACGAACAGCGUGGAUCUGAAGUUCUUUGAGAAGCGACCAUUUUACGGUCACUUCAUCGAGUUCUUUUUGCUACACGAAUGGGGCAAGCAGGCCUGCAACUCAACACUGCGCUCGGAUGCACUGCAUCAGGUGAUGAAGCGGCGACCAGGAUACUAUGAUGUUAUCAUUGUGGAGCAGUUCAACACGGACUGCAUGAUGGGUGUGGCCCACCAGUUGCAGGCGCCCGUGAUUGCUCUCAGCAGCUGUGUAAUGAUGCCAUGGCACUAUGAAAGAAUGGGAGCUCCUCUUAUUCCAUCCCAUGUGCCAGCUCUUUUUAUGGCCCAGUCGCAAAACAUGGACUUCGGAGGACGUCUGGCCAAUUGGUUUAGUACUCAUGCAUUGAAUUGGAUGUACAAAUUACUAUCGGUGCCCACAGCGGAUGCCCUGGUACAAUAUAAAUUCGGACACGAUGUCCCCUCAGUGGGUGAGCUGGCGAAGAACACCUCCUUGUUUUUUGUGAAUCAACACUAUUCGCUGAGCGGCCCAAAGCCGCUGCCCCCAAACGUCAUCGAGUUGGGCGGCAUUCACAUUCAGAAAUCAAAACCUUUGCCGGCCGACUUGCAACGCAUCUUAGACAGCGCCGAGGAGGGGGUGAUCCUCAUCAGCUGGGGCUCUAUGAUCCGCGCCAAUUCCUUGUCUGAUGCCAAACGAGAUGGAAUCGUUCGAGCGGUGGCACGUUUGAAGCAACAGGUGAUCUGGAAGUGGGAGAACGAAACACUGCCCAAUAAGCCGGCGAAUAUGCACAUCAUGAAUUGGCUACCCCAGAGGGACAUCCUCUGUCACCCGAACGUAAAGGUAUUCAUGUCCCACGGUGGACUUAUGGGCUCCUCCGAGGCAGCUUAUUGCGGAGUUCCGGUGGUAGCUACGCCCAUGUACGGGGAUCAGUUUGUAAACACUGCCGCUAUGGUGCAACGAGGAAUGGGAAUUAUCCUGCACUUCGAAGACAUUGGAGAGAAUACCGUUAUGCGGUCCUUGAAAAGGGCAUUGGAAAAGAAAUACUAUGAAGCCGCAAAGGCCGUUUCUCACGCCUACAACCACCGCCCGCAACAGGCUCUCCAGACUGCCCUUUGGUGGGUUGAGCAUGUGGCCCACACUAAUGGUGCUCCCCUCUUGAAGUCCAGUGCCGUCGAGAUGUCACGAUUCGUUUACUAUUCCCUGGAUGUGUAUGCCUUCCUACUAGCUGUCAUCGCCAUCAUUAUUGGCAGUUGGGUGUGGCUCAUCCGACGCAUCUGUGGGUCGAAAGCUGCCAAAAAGACAAAGCAAGAUUAGAUGAAAUCAACAUGAUCUGCCUAUUUGUGGUGUAUGUGAUAUUUUAUAUGAUUGUGUAAGAGACAUUAAGUGUAUAGACGCCUCUCCUCCCAAGGAUUAAAGCUCACUGUGGGCAAAUAGUCUUUAAAUUGGAUCAACAAGUUGUUUCUUAAGAUUCAAAACUUACUAAUUGUUAGUAUCCGUUAGAAAAAUAUAAUUUCUUGACCUUUGUGCUAGACUAGUACUGCUAGUGUACUUUUUAUAAUAAACCACUACAACUGA